CUCACUUGUCGGCCGGUGCCAAGCAACUGUUCGGACUCGUUUUGGUCCUCGGAAUAGCCAGGAUUCGCUGCUGCGACUACGCUUGUUGCUCAGAGCUCCUACGGGUCUCCCCCUCGCCCCCGCCGCCCCCGCCAACCGCCCACUAGCGUCGGCCUGCAAAGUCCCAAACUUGCAUCUCGCACGCAAAAAAGGCCUCUGCGCAGCCGGUCCAACCGCCUUCUGUUGAGACACUAUUAUCAGAUAAAUCCCCAGCAGCGCAAAAAAGGAUCCCCCCCAUCUCUGCGCCAUUUCCAUCUGGCACCCAAGAAGCCACAAACAGCGCGCCAAGGCUCCCUCGACAUCGACAACCUCGCUGACCUCGCUGUCGACCACCAGGCCAAGACUCUUAGCCUGCUGCGUACCGCUGGUGCACCCUUAGAACCCGCCGACCUUGCCUGCCGCUACCAGAGCACGACUCGCCCACCAUGGCCAAGGACGUCUUCUAUGUCCCCAUCUUCUUCAUCGUCUUCCGUGAGACGAUCGAAGCCGCCAUCAUCGUCUCGGUGCUGCUCUCGUUCGUCGAGCAGCUCAUGACGACUGGCCGUCUCUCGCCCACCGAAACCGACGAGCACGCAUUCGGAGACCACGACCAGGAGCACAAUGCGCAGGUCAAGACGCUCAUCAAGCGCAUGCGCUGGCAGAUCUGGGCCGGCACCCUGUCCGGUCUCGCCAUUUCUCUUGUUAUCGGUGCCGCCUUCAUCGCAGUCUUCUACACCAAGCUCAACAACCUCUGGGGCAAGACUGAGCAGAUCUGGGAGGGCGUCUUCUGUCUCAUUGCGUGCAUCCUCAUUCUGCUCAUGGGCCUUGCCUUCCUCAAGAUGGACCGCUCGCGUAUCAAGUGGCGCUACAAGCUCGCUGCCGCCUUCUCCCAGUCGUCCAAGAAGAUGAUCCGCAACCGCAACCGCGACUCCACUGAGGAGGGAACCCCGGACGAGACGGCCAACCUGACCGCCGAGGACCGCCGCGAGUCGCGCUCGUCAAAGUGGGCCCUCUUCCUCCUCCCCUUCAUCACCGUCCUGCGUGAGGGUCUCGAGGCUGUCGUCUUCGUCGGCGGUGUGUCGCUAAACGCGCCCGCGACCUCCAUUCCCCUCCCCGUCGUCGUCGGCCUCAUCGCCGGCUUCAUUGUCGGCUACAUCAUCUACCGCACCGGCUCGACCGGCACGCUGCACUGGUUCCUCAUCAUCUCGACCACCAUCCUCUUCCUCAUCGGCGCUGGUCUCGCCUCGCGCGGCGUCGGCUUCCUCCAGUACUACGUGUUUGCCCAGGGCGUCGGCGGCGACGUCGCCGAGACUGGCGACGGCCCCGGCUCGUUCCAGGUCGCCGGCAACGUGUGGCACCUGACCUACGGUAACCCCGAGACUGGUUCCCCCACCACCAACGGUGGCUGGCAGAUCUUCAACGCCAUCCUCGGCUGGAACAACACGGCGACGCUCGGCUCAAUCCUCAUUUACGUCUUCUACUGGCUCGUCGUCAUUGUCGCGCUCAUCUACAACAAGUGGACCGAGGGCCGCUUCACGUUCUUCGGCCGCGGCUCGUCGGCGUACAACCGCCGCAUUGCGCGCCGCGAGGCCAAGGCCCGCGACGCUGAGCUCGCUGCCCAGACCGCCUCGACGCCGCUCGACGAGAAGACGGGCCACGAGUCGGACGACGCCGGAUCCUCGAGCGGCGCCACGGCCGAGGAGCUCCCCAACAACAACAACAACAACAAGAGCAAGGAGCACAUCCCCACCAUCUAGACGCGGGGCAUCAUUCGUAGAUUCAUAAUACCACCACCACCAUGCAAGGCUCUGCCUACGGAAC